CGCAUAUGAUGUAGGGUGCAGAAUCAAAACAGUUAAAUUUGACAGCUCGACAUUGUCCCUCACAAGGAAAAUGUUAUGAAAACGUUCCUGGCAGGCUGAGAAACAAACCGCGAUAUUCAACCAACAUUUUCAGAAAGUGGGGCCGAGUUGUGGAGGAAUGCCAUCGCGGGGAAAAGCUUCUUUUGGCCGGUUUAUCCGGGAGCGGUUGCAGCGCCUCUACAGCUAGCUGAUUAGCUUCCCAGCUCCAUGGCGAUCUACGGGCUGAACAUUACCAUAUAUAGACCGGGCACGGAGCUCCCUGGCCGGUGAAAUGUAAACGGCGACGGGCUUGGGAGACUGAGAAAGGGAAAGCAAAGACAAAACUCAGCUUGAGAGACCAAAACCACCAUCUUCACCAUGUCAUCCGAGCAGAUCAUCGCCAUCAUCAUGGAUGACAAAACCUACGAGGUGAAUAAAAAGAAGCUGAUCGAGAAGAGCGACUACUUCCGAGCUCUGUACAACUCGGGCAUGAGGGAGUCCACGGAGGACUCGGUGCAGCUGCAGGGACUCAGCGUCCUGGGCUUGGAGCUGGUCCUGGAGUUCAUCAACACCUCCAAAGUCCAGGUAGUCAACGAGACUCUGGAGGACCUGAUCGAGACCGCCUCCUUUCUCCAGGUCACCUCCAUCCUUAAGCUCCUCACUUCGGAGAUCCGGCUGGAGAACUGCGUGGAGCUGUACAGUCUCUCCGAGGUGUAUGGGACUCACGACCUGCGUACCGCUUGCCUCAAAUACAUGACCUGCUACUACCACCCCAUGCUGAGGCGGCCCGAGUUCAGCAGCCUGUCCUCUGCUGUCAGGGACCAAGUCAAGGAGAUGCGCAUGAAUGGCACUGCCACCCUGGUGGCCAUCGGAGACUUCACCAGCCUGUCCCUGGACGUUCCGGAUCAGGACGAGCCCUGGUCCAUGCUGAGGUAUGGAGAGGUGGAGCAGCGCUGGAAGCCCCUCGCCAACAACCUCCCUCCAGAUAUGAUCAACGUCAGGGGGUAUGGGUCAGCCAUCCUCGAUAACUACUUGUUCAUAGUUGGUGGGUACAGGAUGACGAGUCAGGAGAUCUCUGCUGUGCACUGCUACAACCCCUGCAGGAAUGAGUGGAACCAGGUGGCGCCGCUCAACCAGAAGAGGUCCAAUUUCAAGCUGCUGGCCGUACAGGGAAAGCUGUACGCUGUGGGAGGCCAGUGUCUGGGCACCGUGGAGUGUUACAGCCCUGAGCAGGACUGGUGGACCUGCGUCUCCUCGAUGCCCGACCCGCUGGCUGAGUUCUCUGCCUGUGAGUGCCAGGGUAUGAUCUACGUCAUGGGUGGAUACACUGCGAGAGAGAGGAACACAAACAUCCUCCGAUACUGCCCCAUCUCUGACACCUGGACGACGUUCCGAUCCUGCCCGGCUCACAUCCGGAAGCAGCAGAUGCUCUCCGUGGAGGAUACCAUCUACCUGGUGGGUGGCUACACCCACGAGCUGGACACGGGGCUGCGGCGGCGACGUCCCAGCCAAACGGAGGACGUGCUGACGGUGCAGUCGUACAACGUCACCACGGGGGAGUGGCUCCAGCUGAAGGAGAACACGUCCAAGUCGGGACUGAACCUGACGUGCACGCUGCACAAUGACGGCAUCUACAUUAUGAGCCGGGACGUCAGCCUGCCCACCAGCCUGGAACACCGCGUUUUUCUCAAAUACAACAUUUUCUCAGACGCUUGGGAGGCCUUCAGGCGCUUCCCGGCUCUGGGACAGAACAUGCUGCUCUGCUCACUUUACCUUCCUAACGUGCUGUGACACGCAGAGCGGCGGGAAAGCUCGAGCACUGUUAACAGACCGAUUAUUGUUGCACUCAUUGGGGAUCUGUGGCGUCAGGGUGUGGUUGGCAGUUUGAACGCCUCGUGACCGCCGUGCCUCGGAUUUAAAAACUUGAAAAACGUGCACUACGCUAAAGAUACUGCUGUGGAUGCAAAUGGAAAAGCUAUAAUCACAAGUGUGGCCCAAAGCAUCAUCAGAGGUAGCACCAGUUUGUGCCUCUCAUGUGUUAAAGUCAGCAGUCACCAUCAAAUAUUCACCAGGUGAAGUUUAGAAAACACAGAACCAGCUGGUUUUGCCUUUUGAAGGCGUUUCCACAAUCCUCAAAAAGUCUCCUCUGACCUUCUGGAUGAGCACAUGAUGGUCGGAUUGCAGAUUUGAAAGGUGGAGGAACAGCAUUCAUAUGGUCAAAAGAGUCUUUUAGGGUCCUGGAAUGAUGUUUGAGUGUUUCUCAAAUAUCAUUUGAGAAACACAACAACUUCAUCCCUUUUCCCAAGAUUAGCUUUAUCUUGAAGGGAUGUCGAGUGCCAGUCGUCAGACUGAGACUGCAAAGCAACAAUCUCCAAAAAAUCACAGGAAGUUCAGCCAAAGUCAGAAACUUUAUGAUCACACCUACUAUUUCAUUUUGAUGCCAGUAGUUAGUUCGUCUUUGUUUUUGUUUUUGUUUUCUUAAAGACAGGCCUGCCCGAGCAAUGCUUGCACUUCUACCACACGUCAGGCUCUUCGUCUAAAAUCCCGCCAGUCUGUUCUAUUGAAACCAUUGAGAAACUGAUUAGUUAUUAUUAUUAAUAUAAGUUUAUCGCCAACAUUUUAUAAAUAUAUUUCAGAUGAGAUUUCAGAUGAGAAAAACAUUUCCAAUUCAAACAGUGUAAAUUAUAUCAUGUACAGAGCUUUAACAACAUAAUCUCUUUGUGUGACGCAGCAUGUGAAGUCCAAAUUUCAAAACUUCUAGUUUAACAUGCAAAAUAUUCAUUUUUGUUUAUUUUCUAUGAAUUUCUUUCAGAGAGACUGAAAAGUCUGCAGCAUCACUGUGGGGAUGAGUUUUCCCUAUAUUUGCAGACUGUGAAGUUAAAAUGAAUUUUUGAAAAACUGGAAAUUAAGAUUGUUUUAUUGUUCGUCUAAUUUUGCGCACAGCCUGGAUCCUGCAUAUUUUUCACAUGCUGUGUUACUCUUUAACCUUUACAGUGAGAAAAUAAACUGAAAGAAAAUAUUAAAUACAGCUUAAUUAAAAAAAUAGAGUAAUAAAAAAAUAUACUAAUUAGUUUUAAUUCUUUUUUUAGUUUAAAGGUUUUGUUUCUUUUUAUUCAGUUUUCAUGUUUUAAUUUAUUACUACAUGGAGGAUAUUUAGCAGGUCCCAGGCUUAACAAAAUUCAGAAUAAUCAUUAUAAUAAAAACAUUUUUUGGAAGCAGCUGACUCAGUAAGCACAGACCGCAAACACUAAAACUACUGACAGUUUCUUUAUAUAUUUAUUUUGGUUGAUUUUUUUUAAAUUCACAAAAAACGUUUUAUUUAUUUUCUUUCUGUCUAGUUUAUUUUAUUUUAUUUAACUAAAAUAUUUCAGCACCCAGAGUUUUCAGGUGAUUUGAAAAACCCCUCCGCCUUUGAAAUGAGACAUGACACUCUGAGUUAGGCUCUGUGCAGAUCUCCUGCCUGCCACUGUUUUGUCUUAAAACGCUAAAAUCACAUGCACUUUUCUACUUUUACAUCCAUGACCAUACAAAACAUGAGAGGCACUGACGAGGGCUGCAUAACAGCGUGCUUUCAAAUCUAACGGCCACGUUAUUCCUGAUGUUUACACUCCAUUGGCAUCAAAGUUUAACAUAACACAGCACAACACACUACAAACCUUAAAAAAAAUCUCAGAAACAACAUCCAUUAAUGCUCUGCACAUGGCAGGUAAUCAUAACGUGGCUUUGGUUUUACACUGCCAGUCGUACAAGGAUCAGAAGUUCUUUCAGAGGGAGCUUCAUGUGUUGUAUGAACACUUGUAUAGUCUUACUCUUCAGAGAGACACUAAGAAAAGCUUAAAGCGCGAUUCCAUGAACUGAAUGAUGCACACGUGCCUUCUGCAACCUCAGUAAAUAGGAUAAAAACAGAAAAAAAAAGCUCAAGAUGCAGGACUCUGUUACAUUUCCAGCAACCGACCAAUAUUGCUGUGUUUACUUUCUGAUUUUUGCUGAAGCAGGUUUUGUUUUCAUUUCUGCGGUGAAUGGAGGGACGGGUGCAGGUUGGGAAGUGAGUCUGAAACUGCUGCAGUGGUUGUUUGACAGUUUGGACAUUUAAGUCAUGACCAAUAAAGGUGAAGU